CUUGGUUUUCAAAUACACGUGCAGUUUGGGAUCGCAUACGUCUCUCAAUCUGUGUGCAGAAUGGCGAGACCUUCAAGGAAUAAAAGGGUUGUUGACUAUGCACAAUUCCAGGAGUCUGACGAUGCAGAUGAGGAAUAUGGAAAAGAAUCGGUUCGGCCUGAGAAAACCUCUGUAAAACGCAGUGAUGAAUCUCGAAUCAAGGACCACAAGAAGGAAUUCAGUGAUGACGACAAUGACUAUGGGGAGAAUGAGGAAGAGGAGGAUGAUGGUGGUGACAGUGAUUUUGAUGCUAAAGAGGCCAGCAGGGGGAGACGGACAACAGCUAAACGGAAAAGGGCUGCAGAUGACAGUGAUGAUGAUGAUGGUAAGGUUGUGAGGAAGAAGGGCCGGCAGGUGCGUCAGGCUGCCACUAAAGCUGCAUCCAAACAGAGGGAGAUUCUUCUUGGGGAUGGAGGAAGUGAGGAUGAGGAGGGAGAGGAAGAGGAGGAGGAAGAUGACAGUGACGUUUACACUGGGGAGGAUUCAGGCAGUGAUGAAGACUUCAUGGCUGAGGAUGACGAUGAUGACAGCGAUUAUGGCCGACCCAAACGGAAGAACUCAAAAGUGAGCAGGAGAAGCAAAGACAAGAAAUCCCCUAAACCCAAGAUAAGGGCUUCAGUGACCCGAGGGCCCAAGAAGAGGAGAGGAAAACGUCAGACGAAGGUGAAGAGAGUUGUGAAGAGGGCCUCGCCUAAAGCCGAAGAUGAAGAUAUCGAGAGCAACAAGGAGGAGGAGGACGAGACGCAAGAGGAAGACAGAAAGGAGUCGCCUGCCCCCAAGAAGACGCAGGAUGACGAAAGCAGCGCCGAAGGAGAGGAAAACAAUGACAACGGUGAAAAGGAGGAGGAGAAGGAGAAUGAGAAAGAGGAAAAGGACGAUGUUUCUGAGGAGGAAGCUCCAUCAGGCGAAGACUGAGCUCUUUCGCUUGCUGGUGAACGUGUCUGUUAUCUGUUUUUCUUAACGAGGAGCAGUAGGAUUUAAUUCCCACAAUACUCAAAGAGUGUUUUGGAUGUUUGUUAUGUCUCUCAGCUUGUAAAUACCAUAUCUCAAAAAACGAAAUCUGUAAAGUAUUAUCAGACCUAUCCUAAAUCUGUACGGUUUGGCCUAAUCUUGAAAUGCGGACUUUCAUAUUAAUAUUUAUCAAUGUUUCAAUUAUAGCUUUGCCGAAACCGUUUUGUUACAGCUGACCUUCAAUGUAUAACAAAGGAUGAAGAUGAUUUGCCCAAAAAAUGCAGAUUAUACUGUAGGCUCUGUAGUUUACUUUCUGGCACCUUAAAAUUUUUCCAAAUGCAUUUGAAAAGAAUGCAACUGCUUGUUAAUUCCCAAACAAACCAUUUUUGUGACUUUUAAUGUACAUGAUCUCAUCCCAGCUGCGUUGACCGGUGAAAAAACACAGGCUUAUAAUGAGCAUAUACGCUUGUCGUCAUGAACUGCGUUGGAUUGUUGUGGCUGCAGUUCAGUCACGUGAUUUCCUUGCUACAUCGACUGUACGUUACAUAGCUCUAGUACGCUACUUUCUCCCACUUUCAGUGCAGUUAUUUCUUGAUUCAGUCUAGUAAAUCAGCUUUUUUCCGUCUGAGCAUUUGAACUAAGAUGACUUUUUCUAUGGUUGUAUUGAACCUCUUUCAUGGUUAGCAUGCUUUCUUUCAUGUACGUGGUGCGAAGUACGUCGGUGGGCGGAGUCUCGGGCUCCGAUGUAAACCUUCAGGAUGAGUGAUGUCAGAAGUGAGCUAGUGAAAACCUUAUUAUUGACCUCUGUGAUGCUUCAUGUGUGCAUUUUCUUAAGAAUGUUUGACGCUUAUAGAUGCCUUUUUUAACUGAGCGGUCCGUUGAGCCAUU